CACACUUCCAGCCUCCACGGGGCACAUACAUAGCCUAUCUGUCUAUCUAUCCCCCUAGAGCCCUCAUGCCGUUGAGCAGCACCAGUAUCAGCGACAGCCCAUCCGUCAGCGCCGCCACCCACAGAGGCACCACCAUCUCGCCACCUCCCGUCGCCAGCGCCCCCAACGCCUUCCACUCAGACCCGCCGUGCACUGCCACUAACCGGUCCACCAUGAGCACCAAAGCGACCAGCAGCACGCCCACCUUGAGCCCCACGGCAAUGGCCAAAUUCUGCCACACGAUCCGGCGGCACUUGCGCGAGAGGGACACGAGCGCCGGUAGGUCGUCGAGCGACCCGUGCAGCACCACACUGGCCGACUCCACAGCCAAGUGCUGCACCAGCCCUACCCCGCCACCGCCACCAUGGAACGCCACGGCGAUGCCGCAGUCGGCAGAUGCGAGGGCGGGAGCGUCGUUGAUGCCGUCGCCCAACAUCCCCACUGCUUGACCGUACACGCCGUCCCACAUACGCUUGCAGUCGCAGAGCUGCAGCAGGGCCUCGUUGGGCGACAGAAAGGGGGGGCCCUCGCCUCCCCCCAGCGACGCCGGCUCACACCCACACGCGUCGGGGCAGGUGCAUGCGUCGCACGGCCACAUGGACGAGUCGGGGGUGUUGAAAUCCGAGAGCGUCCGUGACUGCGCCUUGCCGAUCUUGUUGACGCCGUGGCCCAGGACCCUUUUGAAAUUCCACGAGUCGCUGGGGUGUGAGGGGAUGGAGAGCGACGGCUGCUGCUCCUCGCUGCAGCAACGGGAGGCACAUGCAGCCUUCUUGACAGGGGGGGGCUGCUGGGGCUGGGGCUGCGGCUGCACCUUGGUGGGCGACGUCAGCUUGCCCUCCCUCUCUGUCGCACGAGUCAGCCCACACCCAGUGGUGGCCGUCGAGCAGCAGGCCGCGCUCGAUGCUGCUGCUGCUGCUGGCGGCUGCUGCUCAACAGUGAUCAAGGGGGGAGACACGAUGGGGCCGGCGGUGAUCACCUGGGGCAGGUGGUCGUGGUCCAGCAGGCGCUGCUGCUCGCUCCGUGGUGGUGAGGGCCUGCUGGUGGUGCGGCUAAUGGUCAGCGAGUCCCAUGACGGCUUGUUCUUGGUUGCGAUGGUCCGAUUGCCGCCUCGGGCACGGUGGGCGGCGAUCGACCGGAGCUGCUGGAUGUAGUGCAUCUUGUCGGGCGGCUUGAGGCCGCCGAUGGCCUUGGUGAGGGGCAGGGCAGAGGCCACAGCGGCUGCUGACUGAGGCGUGUCGCCCGUGAGUAGCACACACUUGACGCUCAACGACCGCAGCUGGCUGAUGGCGCAAAACGCCGCCUGACGAAGGGGGUCCUCCACCAACGCCAGCGCCUCAACUGAGAGAGGUGAGCACAGCAAUACAGACAGACACACACCGAUGGAUGGAUGGUAGGGUAGAUCGGGUCGCGGCUUCACUCACCUUGUUGUCCCACGGCGAUGUAGACGACGCUGGUGAUGCUGACGCCGUGUCUGCCAGGAAGCGAUGCCGGGCUGAGCCCAUCGAUGGCCCCAUGCUGCCCAGCGGUGGGCCCGCCCAUCCAUUGCUGCACCAGGGUGCUUGCCUCGUGGCUCACGGUGAUGUCCUGGUGGCGCAUGAAGGCCAGUGAGCCGAUGGUGACCAUCUCGCCCUCGACCAUCCCCUUGACGCCCAUGCCCUUGACGAAGGUAAACUCUGUCACCUCGGGCACCGGCGGCGUCACUUCGUCCUGCCUUUGCUCGUGGAAUUCGGUUGCGCAGCCCGUCCACAGAUUGAUGAGCAGAGCACUCAUGGGGUGGUUGGCCUUGGUCUCGACCGCUGCCGCCAGACGCAGAACGUGCUCCCUGUCGGCCUUGUUGCGGUACCACUCCGACACGAUCGUGUAGUGGCCCUCUGUCAAGGUGCCUGCAAAGGUUUGGUGGCCACACAUACACAAGAAAGACACAAACAAACAACUCUCUCUCUCCGUCCAUCCAUCCAUCCAUCUGUUGGUCUGUCGCCUCUCUCUAGUACCUAACCUACCGGUCUUGUCAACGGCGAGGAGUCCCAGUUGGCUGAGCGCCUCGAGCGCCUCGCUGCCCUUGACCAGAGCGCCAUGCAGCCUCGCAGCGCUCACCAUCCCACAGAGAUACGACACAGACGGCGCCACCACGAUCGAGCAGGGACACGCAACCAGCAGCACAAACAUGCCCUUUUGCGCCGCCUGCAGCAGCCCCCCGUGGCUGACCCAGUGGGCCCAUCUGCCGGCCUCGGCAUACUCGGUGAGGGCCACCACAAUGGGGACCAUGCAGCACGCCACAGCGAGGGCGAUAAUCGUGGGCGUGUAGAUCUGUGCGAAUCGGUCCACGGCUUGGCCCACUGCUGUGGUCGUGUUGGCCUGCGCCUGCUGCACCACGCUCGACAUGCGGGCGGCGACCGAGUCGUUGGCCGAGGCCGUCACGCGAACGUCAAGGUAGCCAGUCUGGAGCAGUGUCCCGCUGUAGACCUGUGUGGCGGGAUGCACGUGGGGCUCACAACAAGGGCAGCCCUCUGUCUUGGCUUUGUAAGUCGGUAGCGACUCCCCGGUCAGCGAGCUCUCGUCGACGAACCCCUCCCCGCCCACCACUGUCCCAUCGAUGGGAACCACCUCCCCCUCUCGCACGCGAAUCACCAUGCCCUCCAUCAGGUCGUCGACAUCCAUCGGCACCAGCGCGCCGGACGUGUCGAGUGUGGGCUUCAGGAAGGCCACGUGUGGCGUGUCGAGAAGGAGCCGCGCGAGGCUGCACUGGAUCUUGCUCAGGCACAGGUCGUUGAGCAGCGACGAGAGAUGGUACAGGAAAGCGAUGGUCGCGGCAUCGACCCAGUGGCAAGAGAGGGAGGCGCCGAGCACGCCGAUGGUCAUCAGGACCGACGCGUCGCAUCUGCAGGCCGAGAGGGCCCGCAAGGCCGACCGGAGGAGGGAGAAGCCCGUAAUGAGGAUGGUCGCAGCACAGCCCAGCACGUAGAAGACGCUGCGGCUGUCGUCGAAGCCCUGCAGGUCCCGCACAGACGUCACGGCCAGCAGCACCACAUAGGGGAGGGUCUGCAGCAGCGGCACCCAGGCCGACCUGGCCCACUUGAGCAGCGACCACUCCUUGUCGCUGUCAGCUCCAGCCUUGCCCUUGCCGUGAGUGAGGAUGGAGGCGCCCAGGUGGGCCGCGUUGAGGAUGGAGGCGAUGCGCGCGGCGGGGAGGGCGGACGAGUGCUUGACGACGGCGAUGUGUGUGAUGGGAUUGGUCUCCACCUCGUGAAUCAACCCACGCACCUCGGCAUCCUCACUCUCCUUCAACAGACUGCACACACGCAUGGCAUGCCACAUAGAUCAGGCACGCGCAAGCAAUGGUCAGGCAGUGUGUGCAGGGUCUCUGCCGCUCGUUUCUCCUGAACACUCACCUGCGGAUGAGUCUCACUUCGCUCGUGCAGCAGAGGUUCUGCACGCGGAACACCGUCACGAAGUGCCGCGGGCUUGGAGGCUCGACGGGGAUGGCAACCUCCUCCACCCUGGGAGGCUCAACGGUGAUGCCAACCUCCUCCACAGGGAUGGCAAUCUCCUCCAUCGCCCCGUCUGUUAGAGAUCCAGCAUACACGCCUCUCGAGGGGACACAAGAGCCGCUGUGCUACGACUUUUUCCACUUCAAA